UAUCCAACCAUGGAGUAUGUAUUGCUAUAGAUACAUGUUACUCGAAGCUCGCGGUAGAGGGGAGCGACCAAUCAGAGUAGGAAGGAGUGGGGGGAAUCGGUGACGAGCGGUCCGUCAGAAGCGAAAUUCAGUUGGUUCGCGGAGCGCAAGCUGUCAACACUGCUCGGUAUCGGUGCUCGUACGUGUUUUCGUUUCGCGAGUUUUUCCUCUACAACAAUCUCCUUUUACGUACGACCGCGUGACGUCGAGCAAAAUAAUAGUCGUGCGAAGAAACAUUGGUACGAAAAAUCGUCCCACGCGCUCACGAAGGGAGGAGAGAGGGAGGAGAAACUCCGGCGUCAGUUACGUUCGACUUGACGCGCGGUCAACUUCAGAGCGAUACCAUCGCGAGAAGUGCACCGAUGUGACGCGAUAAACAAAGCUGCGUCACGAGGGGGCUGAUGCCCCUGAGGAUCCGUCGACGAAGAUUUUGGAUUCGCGCGCUUGCAUCCGAAUCUCUCCACAUGUGUAUUCGUUGACGUUUGAGCUGUAUUCGUGAUGCGAUAACAUUAUCGGGUGAAUCGAAACAAUUCGGGAUAUUGAGUGUCGGAGACGAGAGUGGAUUCGGGAAAGUGAUUUAUAGCGUCAAUAGUGAUCGUCGGUGCCGGCUUCUUGUUAGUGAUUUGUGACAGAAGAGAGAGAAGAGGAGGAGGAGGACCACGCGGAUCGGCGGAGAUUAAGGUUUGGUGUGCUCCAAAGGGAAACCGGAAGCCGCUAUAUUGGAGAGGAAGCGGGAAAGCGGCGUGCCGCUCUUUUGUGUGCCGCGGCAGAGGCGCUCGUCCCAGCCCGAAAACAAUGAAGAGAUGAUCGCAAGUUUGCCAAUCAACGGCGGCGGUAGCGGAGGGCCGGUGAGUCGUGUGGGUCGUGGAUUGGCCCUUCAUAGGUCUAACUCUAGUUUGGAGCUUCCGCAUAGUCCGGAUCCUGCUUCCCGGGUGCCAGAAACACCUCUCAGGAGAGAAUAUGGAUCUCACGGGAGCAUCGACGUAGUGGCGCAGUCAAUUACAGCCGGCGAGAACUUCUUCGCUAUACUGCAGGAUUUCCGACCGCCAGAGCAGCGCGGCAUCAUCACCAGCGAUUAUCUGCGUCGCGUUCAUCAGCAGGACGGAAACCAACCACUGGACGUCGACGAGGUUUGUGGUCCGACCGGCGCCGGAUCCAGUCCGAAGUUACGACUGAAGCUGAACAGAUUGUGGGGCGGUAAACCACCGCGGGCGAUGGAAGAGACGUGCACCAGCCCGAUGGUGUCGGCCGACGUAGAGGAGCGUCAUCGGAGACGCGCGUUCGCCCACUACGACUGUCAAUCGUUGACGGCGAAUCUGGGCUACGCCGCGAAACUCCGGGGAAUUCUCUUGGCCAGAAGAAGAAACACGGCCACCGGAGCGUCCGCCGCCAGUGCUCUUAGAGCCUCCACCCCCGACGAGACUCCCGAGGAAGAUGCCGGUGAUGGAAAAGGCAAUGAUCUAUUAGAGCCGUGUCCCUUCUUUCGCAAUGAGAUCGGCGGCGAGGGAGAACGCGAGGUUGGUCUCACUCGUUGCUCCCAUGGCAAUGGAAUUCACAGACCGCCGUUGUCUUAUGGUGUUUCCGUCCUGGAACCGUCGCCCGGCGAGACCCUAUGGAAGCACACUUGUCCGUUGCAGAAACGACCCCUGCCCAUCGAGAGCGUUGAUGAGGGGGCUCAUUAUUAUCGACGAUACUUCCUCGGACGAGAGCAUCAGAACUGGUUCGGAAUGGAGGAACAGUUGGGACCGGUGGCCAUCAGCAUUCGCAAGGACGUCAAUCAGUAUCGCGUGAUCGUGCGCACAUCAGAGUUACUGACGUUGCGCGGUUCCGUGCCCGAGGAAGCUCUCGGCAUCAGGCCACAAGGCCGACCGCCUACGAGGGAGCUCUUGGAGUUGGUUGCGCCGGAAGUGCAGAUGGGUUGCCUGAGGCUUGGCACGCCUGCCGCUGAGGAAGCGCUAGCCAGAUUGGACGAGCAGGGAUUAUCUAGCAGAUACAAAGUCGGCGUCCUGUAUUGUCGGUCCGGCCAAAGGACCGAGGAAGAGAUGUAUAACAAUCAACACGCCGGUCCGGCCUUCCUGGAAUUCUUAGACACUAUCGGCCAAAGAAUAAGACUGCGAGGAUUCGAGGGUUACAAGGCCGGGCUGGACACCAGAACCGACUCGACGGGUACGCACGCAGUAGCGGCGACGCAUCGCGGAACGGAAGUCACCUUUCACGUGUCCACCAUGCUACCCUUCACGCCUAAUAACCGGCAACAGCUGCUGAGGAAGAGGCACAUCGGAAAUGACAUAGUCACGAUAGUAUUUCAGGAACCUGGUGCAUUACCAUUCAGUCCACGAAGGAUACGCUCUCAAUUUCAACACGUAUUUAUCAUUGUGCGAGCCAUAAAUCCUUGCACCGAUAAUACGCAGUACAGCGUGGCGGUGUCCAGGAGCAAAGAAGUGCCCAUCUUCGGACCACCUGUUCCGCAGGGUGCUACGUUCCCUAAAGGAAAGACUUUCGUGGAUUUUAUUCUGGCCAAGGUCAUAAACGCCGAAAAUGCGGCUCACAGGUCUGAAAAAUUCGCCACGAUGGCUACGAGAACGAGACAGGAAUAUCUGAAGGACCUGGCUACAAACUAUACUGGCACUACAGUUGUCGACACCGGUCAAAAAUUUUCAGCGAUGCUUUCCUUCAGCAGUAAGAAGAAGACAACGGUACGACCGAGACUUUCCUGCGACGCAUCUCAGCGCGGCGCGAUUUGCUGGCAGGUCAUACUCGAGGAUAGCAAUCAGAACACAGAUUGUUACUUAGGUAUAAGCAUAGACACCAUCGUACUGAUUGAGGAGCAUUCCAGGCAGAUAGUAUUUGUCACUCCGUGCGUGAACGUGCUCGGAUGGCACGCUCAAACAAACAGUUUAAGAUUGUAUCAUCAUCAAGGCGAAUGCAUCACCAUACACGUACGCGGUGAUUACGGCGAGAGGGACGAGUUAAUGGAAAUUGUGGCUCGGCUGCGCGCCGUAACUCAAGGUGCACCGGCCUCGGAAUUGUCUUUGAAGAGAAACAGCCUUGGACAAUUGGGCUUCCAUGUUCAACCCGACGGUGUUGUGACGCAAGUCGAAAGUAUGGGGUUGUCGUGGCAGGCGGGUCUAAGACAAGCCUCCAGGCUGGUCGAGAUUUGCAAGGUGGCCGUAUCGACCUUGAGUCACGAUCAGAUGGUUGAUCUGCUGAAAACCAGCGCCCAGGUUACCGUCACUGUAAUACCGCCAACCAACGACGGAAAUCCGCGAAGAGGCUGCACGUUGCAAAACUGCCAUUAUCUGUCGAAUAAUUACGAAGGAGAUUAUGAGAACGUGACAAGCGCAGAUAAUACGCCGAGUCAGCAAACGGCGAUGUCGCAUCAACGGCGAUACGAUCGAUCGUUCAGCCCACCACGAUCGAGUAAUAGCUCCGGGUACGGUACUGGAUCAAGCUCUAGAUCGUUCAACGAUCCGCGGUUUCCGUUGGAGGGUACAAUGACUAGCAGCAGUAGUGGACACAGUAGUGCCGAUGAUCGUUGGUACGAGCUUCUAGAACCGCAAGAUCAAGACGGCAAUCAUCGCACGGAUGGUACGCCGCCUCCGUUACCAGCACGACAAAACUAUCAAAUGGUGACACCCAGCAAGUCUAGCCAGAAGAAGGACAAGUCUCAUUAUGCUAGCGCCAAACAGCUCGCGGAUAGCUCAAAGCAUCGCGAUCAUAAUCAUGAGCACUAUAUAAAAGAGAGCAAUUAUGUAUCGUCGAAAAUGAUUCAAGACAAUGCGCGUCAUGAGAAUUAUCAGCGGCAGUUAGAUAAUGCGCAUCGUGGUCAAGAUCACGUGACGACGAAUUACGUGAAAUUGCAAAAGGAACGAUACGAGAUCAAACAAGAAAAUUUAUAUGCUUCUCAGAGAGAGCUCCAUAAGAAUGAUGCACAGCAUCAUGGUGGCCAUCAGAAGCUAAGUGUAUCGAAUUCACUGCCAUUGACACACAAUGCUGUUUACAGCCUGCCAAAAUCAGGCAGCAACAACAAUCUUGGCAGGUACAAUGAAUACGAACAAUCUGGCGGCAAGUACGAUUACGAGACACCUACAAAAGUGGACAGAAGUUCCAAAUACGAGAUGCAGGAAGAAAAAAUGAUUGAGCGACCAGCAGCCAAGUAUGAGCACGAUAUACGAGGAUGUCACGAAAAGAGAAUCGGCUAUGAAUAUUCGGAGGAUAUUUAUGACAAGAGAAACAGCAAGUACGAUCUAGAGUUGGCCAAAUACGAGAUGGAGUGUCAGCACAGUAACAAUGAAAGGAAACACAACGAUAGCAACAACGAGCAUAACCGAGAGUCCACAAAGUACGAGAUGUCGCAUGAUUUCAAAGUAGGCGAGAAAGUUACCUGCCUAAAGACUAGCAUAUCAGAGCGACCGGUGCAUAAGGUAAACGUUGAAUACCGACAAUCGAAGGAUUUUCCAGCGAGUCUGCCACCGGAAGUUAGAAUAUCAGAUGUCAAUUGUCCGGAAGUAGCCGCGCUGCCCAGCGAGGACGAGCUGUCGAACGGCUCUGGCAGCGUAUCACCCAGGCUACGACGGGCCAACAAACAUCGCGGCGGCAAUCGCACUCCGUCUAGUGGCAGCUCCAGAAAUCAGAGUCCUCGACCAAAACCAGGGAUGAGAAAUUCGCACAGAAAUUCUGCGAAUUUGACAUCCAGCACGUUGCAGGAAGACCUCAUGAGACUGAUUAAUCCCGAUUACAUUGCUGAUGAUAGCCAAAUCGUUAAUAAUAAUCUCGUAAAUAGCGUGAUGAACCCGAAUCAAAAUUCGAACAAGAUAAACAAUAAUAUGCUGGAGAUUCAAAACAGAUGUAGAUCCAGGGAAAAUUUGUGCGGCAAUAGCUCAUCUACCUUGAGCGUCUUGCCUGCGAAUGGACAAGAAAAUGGUAACAAUGGAUCCGAAGUGAUCUUGACAAUGGCCAGACCAGCCACAGUAAUCUCCAACGCCAGCACUGCCUCAAGCCCUGCACCGAGCGAGAAUAAAUUGUCGAAAGAGGAAAGAUUAUCACCUCGUGUUACAAAGCCACUUCAUCCGAUCUCGAAACAGCACAAUAAUCUGACGCCGAUCAAAGACACGAAAAAUCACAACGAUGCGAAUGUGGAUUGUUGGAAGAAUCAACAUGCAGAUUCCAAUAGAUCGAUGAAGCAACAUCCUCAAGAAUGGCCCGAUGAUAGACUCAUUGAUGGAUGCAAUGCAAAUACGAAUUCUGUUUCGGACUUGCAAUCUCAUCUAUCCACUCUCGAGUUGAGAAUGGCGAGAGAGACGCGUCUGCGAUUGUCAUUGGAAGACGAAGUGCGUCGAUUGCGCGAUGAAAAUCGACGUUUACAAGAGUCCGAGAAUCUACGACUCUCUUUGGAAGAUGAGAACCGGCGUCUGAAGGACGAGAAUCAUGCAGCCGCGCAGCAACUUCGGCGUUUCACGGAAUGGUUCUUUCAAACGAUGGACCAUCAAUAAUCAGUAUAAAGAUAAAUUUAGGAUGUCUUAUUGUCCAAUGAUUAUUUCAAACGAUGAAUCAUCAAUAAGCUAUAUUCUUGUUUCAUUUCUAGUAUCAUAGAAAUUAUUUACAGAGAACAAAGUUUGCCUGUCUCUUUUUUUAUUCAAUUAUUUCGAUUGCAUUUAUUUCUACGAUUUGUCGCAUUGCUCGAAUCGGAGCAUAAUUUUUGAAAGUGCAGUAUUAACACGAACCGGAUAUGUAGAUGUCAUAGUAAAUGGAUCGGAGACAAUCGUAAGGGAUUGCGAAUGAACAUAAACAGCGUAAAUAAUGGUAUCGUUUGCAACCUUCGAUAGUCUUUGAUAUUUUGUAUUAUAUAGAUUCGUUAAGUUUUAUUCGAUUGUAAAGUAUAUAAGUUACCAUCGUACUAUUUUCUUGAUCGAAGGAUUAAUACGUUGCAACUAAGCUAUCUAUUUAGAUCAUCUUUCCCAAAACUAAUUACUGUGCAUCUGGAUCGAUCUUUAAGAGGACAGUGCACGUUAAAAAUAUAUCAACGUUUGAGUUUUACAGAAACGACCAAAAGACCAAAUAUUAUUAGAAAAGCUAAGGGCUAUUAUUUUAAUUCUGUAAUUUAUUACGCCUUUUAUAUCAGUCACUUAGAGUAUUAAUGUAAGAAUUUCGCACGUGCUAAAGCACGUCCACGAGCGCGAGACGCUCGUUGCGUCUCCGUCACGAAUUUUUUCUUUUUAAUAAGCGACAAAAGCAUGAUUCCAACACAAAAUGUACAAAAUCGAUAUUCAUGAAAAAAACGUAAAUCAAUCAAUAAAGAGAA